CCAUACCUUUUUUUUAUUAGUACUGUGGUAAGAAAUUGAAUAACUUGCGGCCGGUGUGUGAGGCAAUGAACGAAGCAUGAAGAAUUGGAUGAGCAUGGUGGUGAUGGGUGCAGUAACAAACUCUACAUUUCUUCUAUCUUCUCCACCCAUUCUCAAAACCAUUAUCCCCUUUUCUCUCACCAAAACCUCUCCGUAUCUCAUUUCUCUCACCGCUCCCUCUCGCCGCUUCCUUUCCGCUUCUUCCCUUCCUUCGGUGGUCUCGGCUGACCACACCUUCAACUUCUCUGAUUCCGGUGAUGGAAACGGCGUUGCAGUUUCAAGGACGGGUCAUAAAGUGCUUCUUAAAGGGAUGAACUACUCUGAACUUGAAAAAUGGGUUCAAUCACAUGGAUACAGACCAGGGCAGGCUAUGAUGUUAUGGAAGCGUAUGUAUGGGAACAAUAUUUGGGCGCAUCAUACUGAUGAGUUGGAAGGCUUGAACAAAGAUUUCAAGAAGAUGUUGAGUGAAAAUGCAGAUUUCAAGGCACUUGCUGUGAAAGAAAUUCACACGGCCUCUGAUGGAACUAGGAAGAUAUUAUUCACAUUGGAUGAUGGGCUGGUCAUAGAAACAGUUGUCAUACCUUGUGAUACCGGAAGGACUACCGUGUGUGUUUCCAGUCAAGUUGGAUGUGCCAUGAAUUGUCAAUUUUGCUAUACUGGAAGAAUGGGUCUUAAGAGACAUCUUACUGCCGCAGAAAUAGUUGAGCAGGCCGUUUUUGCCAGACGGCUAUUCACAAGUGAAGUUGGUUCCAUCACCAAUGUUGUGUUUAUGGGCAUGGGGGAACCUCUUCAUAACAUUGAUAAUGUCAUUAAAGCUGCAGAUAUUAUGGUGGAUGAUCAAGGGCUUCAUUUCAGUCCUCGCAAGGUCACUGUUUCAACCAGCGGGCUUGUUCCGCAGCUCAGACGUUUCCUUAACGAAUCCAACUGCACGUUAGCUGUUAGUUUGAAUGCAACUACUGAUGAGGUAAGAAACUGGAUCAUGCCUAUAAAUCGAAAAUAUAAACUGGAUUUGCUUCUUGAGACGCUUCGGGAGGAGCUUUGCUUGAAACACAAAUAUAAGGUUCUAUUUGAGUAUGUGAUGCUUGAAGGAAUUAAUGACAGCAAUGAAGAUGCAAAGAGGCUUAUCGAGCUCGUAAAGGGCAUCCCUUGCAAGAUCAAUCUCAUCUCAUUCAAUCCGCAUAGUGGAUCCUUCUUCAGACCAACUAAAGACGAAAGAAUGAUUGAGUUCAGAAAUAUGCUAGCUGAGGCAGGAUGCCUAGUCCUUUUAAGACCCAGUAGAGGCGAUGAUCGGAUGGCUGCGUGUGGUCAGCUAGGCAGCCCUGGCACCAUUCAAGCUCCGAUGCUCCGUGUUCCUAAGCAAUUCCAAACGGCAGUACUCGGGACAUUAGACUGAAAACGGUAGAGAAUGAAGUGUCAAUGUUUGCAGCAUGUUGAAAAUACUGGAGCUGAGAGGUAAACAAGCAUAUAUGUUUGUUUCCAUAUUGCAUCUCUCCACUUUACAAUUAGUUGAUUUAUUUUAUAAAUUUGAAGGAUUUUUUAAGUUAGUGGAUUUUUACAUGUUAUCACGAGAAAGGAGCAUUAGGUUUAAUUAAUAUUUAUAUUACUAGGUUAUACUUGAAGAAAUAUUGGGAAAACUUAUGGGUAAUUUUAAUAAUUUAUUUGGCCAUAAUGAGAAUAAAAGUGAGUGACAAACAUGGGUAUUAUUAAAUUAA